AUGCCCAUUGAAGGUGCCAAUUUGGAAAAUUUGUUAGAACGAGUUAUUCAAAUGAACAUGAUUGUUAUUGAAGAAAUGCACCAGCAGCGUAAACAAAUUACUGAACAACAAGUACUCAUUUCAUCACAGUUGUCUACACACUCGUCAACAACUGUACCAGAUGAAGCAUUAACUGAUCCGUUAUCACGAUCAUUCAACAAAAUAAAUGUCAAACCCAAAGAGUACAAUGGCACCAAUGAAGAAAAUGUUGUUACUUGGCUAAUAGCUUUGGAAGAAAUUAUGGCCAAUCAGUUAACCCACGAUGAUGAUCGAAUAUCACUUACUCUUAGUUUAUUAGGUGGUACGGCUUUACAGUGGUUUGUUAACUUGAAAUUGAAAAAUCAACGACGUUCAUCAUGGAAUGAAUUUAAAGGAUUAGUUAAAAAAAGAAUUGCACCUGUUUACUUAUGA